CUACGCGCUCAUCGCUGUGGUGCUGGCCGUCCAGGUCGUGGGCCUGCUGAUGCCGCAGCCGCGCAGCGCCUCCGAGGGCAUCUGGUGGACCGUUUUCUUCAUUUACACCAUCUACACGCUGCUUCCCGUGCGCAUGCGGGCCGCGGUACUCAGCGGGGUGCUCCUGUCUGCGCUGCACCUGGCCAUCGCCCUGCGCACCAAUGCUCAGGACCAGUUCCUGCUCAAGCAGCUUGUCUCCAAUGUCCUCAUUUUCUCCUGCACCAACAUUGUGGGUGUCUGCACCCACUACCCGGCUGAGGUGUCCCAGAGACAGGCCUUCCAGGAGACCCGGGAGUGCAUCCAGGCACGGCUCCACUCGCAGCGGGAGAACCAGCAGCAGGAGCGGCUUCUGCUGUCAGUCCUACCCCGUCAUGUUGCCAUGGAGAUGAAAGCAGACAUCAAUGCCAAGCAGGAAGAUAUGAUGUUCCACAAGAUUUACAUCCAGAAGCAUGACAACGUGAGCAUCCUGUUUGCUGACAUCGAGGGCUUCACCAGCCUGGCAUCCCAGUGCACUGCCCAGGAACUAGUCAUGACCCUCAACGAGCUCUUUGCCCGCUUUGACAAGCUGGCUGCGGAGAAUCACUGUUUACGCAUUAAGAUCCUGGGGGAUUGUUACUACUGCGUCUCAGGGCUGCCUGAGGCCAGGGCUGACCACGCCCACUGCUGUGUGGAGAUGGGCAUGGACAUGAUCGAGGCCAUCUCGUUGGUCCGGGAGGUGACGGGGGUGAACGUGAACAUGCGUGUGGGAAUUCACAGCGGGCGAGUACACUGCGGUGUCCUUGGUCUCAGGAAGUGGCAAUUCGACGUCUGGUCUAACGACGUCACGCUGGCCAACCACAUGGAGGCCGGGGGCAAGGCGGGACGCAUUCACAUCACCAAGGCCACACUCAACUACCUGAAUGGGGACUACGAGGUGGAGCCAGGCUGUGGGGGCGAGCGCAACGCCUACCUCAAGGAGCACAGCAUUGAGACCUUCCUCAUUCUGCGCUGCACCCAGAAGCGGAAAGAAGAGAAGGCCAUGAUCGCCAAGAUGAACCGCCAGAGAACCAACUCCAUUGGGCACAACCCGCCCCACUGGGGGGCCGAGCGCCCCUUCUACAACCACCUAGGCGGCAACCAGGUGUCCAAGGAGAUGAAGCGGAUGGGCUUUGAAGACCCCAAAGACAAGAAUGCCCAGGAGAGUGUGAACCCUGAGGAUGAAGUGGACGAGUUCCUGGGCCGGGCCAUUGAUGCCAGGAGCAUCGACCGGCUGCGGUCCGAGCAUGUCCGCAAGUUCCUCCUGACCUUCCGGGAGCCUGACUUAGAGAAGAAGUACUCUAAGCAGGUGGACGACCGCUUUGGUGCCUAUGUGGCUUGUGCCUCGCUCGUCUUCCUGUUCAUCUGCUUUGUCCAGAUCACCAUCGUGCCCCACUCCAUGUUCAUGCUGAGUUUCUACCUGACCUGUUUCCUGCUGCUGGCCUUGGUGGUGUUUGUGUCUGUGAUCUACUCCUGUGUGAAGCUCUUCCCCAGCCCCCUGCAGACCCUCUCCAGGAAGAUCGUGCGGUCCAAGAUGAACAGCACUCUGGUCGGGGUGUUCACCAUUACCUUGGUGUUCUUGUCAUCUUUUGUCAACAUGUUCACCUGCAAUGCCAAGGACCUGGUGGGCUGCCUGGCGGAGGAGCACAAUGUCAGUGCCAGCCAGGUCAACGCGUGCCAUGUGGCAGAGUCGGCCUUCAACUACAGCCUGGGCGACGAGCAGGGCUUCUGUGGCAGCCUCUGGCCCAACUGCAAUUUCCCCGAGUACUUCACCUACAGCGUGCUGCUCAGCCUUCUGGCCUGCUCCGUGUUCCUGCAGAUCAGCUGCAUCGGGAAGCUGGUGCUCAUGCUGGCCAUCGAGCUCAUCUACGUGCUGGUCAUUGAGGUGCCGGGUGUCACUCUCUUUGACAACGCUGACCUGCUGGUCACCUCCAACGCCAUAGACUUCAGCAACAAUGGGACCUCCCAGUGCCCUGAGCAUGCGACCAAGGUGGCGCUGAAGGUGGUGACACCCAUCAUCAUCUCGGUCUUUGUGCUGGCCCUGUACCUGCAUGCCCAGCAGGUGGAAUCCACUGCCCGCCUCGACUUCCUCUGGAAACUGCAGGCCACAGAGGAGAAGGAGGAGAUGGAAGAGCUGCAGGCCUACAACCGGCGGCUGCUGCAUAACAUCUUGCCUAAGGAUGUGGCUGCCCACUUCCUGGCUCGUGAGCGGCGCAACGAUGAGCUGUACUACCAGUCUUGCGAGUGUGUGGCUGUCAUGUUUGCCUCCAUUGCCAACUUCUCUGAGUUCUAUGUGGAGCUGGAGGCCAACAACGAGGGUGUUGAGUGCCUGCGGCUGCUUAAUGAGAUCAUCGCCGACUUUGAUGAGAUCAUCAGCGAGGAUAGGUUCAGGCAGCUGGAGAAGAUCAAGACUAUUGGCAGCACCUACAUGGCUGCCUCAGGCCUCAACGACUCCACCUACGACAAGGUGGGCAAGACCCACAUCAAAGCCCUGGCUGACUUUGCCAUGAAGCUGAUGGACCAGAUGAAGUACAUCAACGAGCACUCCUUCAACAACUUCCAGAUGAAGAUUGGGCUUAACAUCGGCCCCGUUGUAGCCGGAGUGAUUGGGGCUCGCAAGCCUCAGUACGACAUCUGGGGCAAUACAGUGAACGUGGCGAGCCGCAUGGACAGCACUGGUGUGCCUGACCGCAUCCAGGUCACCACGGACAUGUACCAGGUGCUGGCUGCAAACACGUACCAGCUGGAGUGCCGGGGCGUGGUCAAGGUGAAGGGCAAAGGUGAAAUGAUGACUUACUUCCUCAACGGAGGCCCCCCGCUCAGUUAGCAGCUGCCAGUGGUGGUGCCACAGCCUGGGCUGCACAGAGAGGGAAAUGGCUUCUUUUGCUCCACGUGGACAGGCAGGAAGCCUGCACUCGGCCACACUGCCGUGCUGGUGAGAUUUCCACCUGACUCAGAAGCAGCCUCUGCCUUUGCUGGUGGGCAUGGCCUCUGGCCCAGGCCCCAGUGCCAGCGUCCUGCGAGCACCAAGCUGACCAAAGAUGUUUGCCCUGCAGAAGACUCUGCUGGACUCAGCUGAACCUUGUUUUCUGACAGGUGCUGCCACUGCACAGGGGAGGGGCACUGCUGGAACCCAGCACGCGGCAGCAGGCCUGAGGAGGCCACAGCCUGGAUGGUGGGGGCAGGCUCAAUGUUGGCCUGGGGUACCAGGGACCCCCAAGGGUCUGCUGCUCCAUGUGAGCCUAUAGGCUUCAGACAGAGGCUGCACCCCUUCUCCCCGGUGGUGCUCUGGGGCAGGAGUGCUGGCUGUGGAGGGGCCUGGGCCUUCACCUCCACACACAGACAGCACCCUGUGAGGGAAAUGGGACCGAUUGUGAGGGGGAGACAGGAGGAUGUCAAGCGAGGAGUGGGGGCUCUAGGAAAAGGAAAUAUUUAUUAAAUAAAACACGUUUUCUGUGCCCUUCUUUAGACUAUGCUAGUUGUAUUCGUGUAAGAGACACAAGCAAAACAGGAUGCCACGGGGGAGGGAGGGCAGGGGUCCCAACUUGUCUUUUUUGUAUUUUUUAUUUUGUAUUAUUGAAAGCCUUGGAGAUCUAACAGAUAUACCAAAUUCUAUAUUUUGUAAAUUCUCUAUAUUAGAAAACAGCUGUGCACAGCGGGGCGUGUGUGUGCAUUUGUACUGUACGUCUGUCGAUGUGUGCGCUGGUGUACAUGUGCGUGUGUUCAUGCUGCAGACCUGCUCUCCUGCAGACUGUUUCCCUCAUUUCAGACUUGGCAGAUUUGGUUUCCCCCGGUACAGCUAGAGCAGGGCUGUGUCUUUUGGGGUUCCACACAUUCAGAUGGAGGAAUGACAAUGCAGAGAUACAUUACUCCAUCUCUAACACACAUGCACACGCGCACACAUCCCACUUCCCCUGAGUAAAAUGCAAACAGAAUAAAAAGAAAACAGAGCUUCUUUUCCACCCCAGGCUGCGUUGGAAGCAAGGGCCACAGCCUCACCCUGAGUGGUCAGCAUGACUUGUUUUGUCUGCCUUUUGUUUUAAUGGGGAGGAGGUAGCCAAAGAUACUGAGGAAAGCAAACCCAUUUUUAUCCCUUCGAGGGAGGCAUUGGAAAAACGAUGCGCUUCAUAGAGGUGCAUUUAAUGCAGCUUCCACAGGGCCUGUGCCCAGAUCUGUUCAGUUUCUCAGGGCAGAAUUUUUCUCCCCUCCCACACAAGUGUGGGGCAGGGGCAGUGGCAGAACUAGAUCAGCUGCUGAAAUGUGCUGUCGAUGUCCACCCGUGUCCCCUCACCUCUGAACACAGCUCUGAGAAGCAAAACUGUGGGCCCCAAACUGCCAACCCUGAGACUGUUCCAUGCUUUUGCUCCUCCACUUUUUUUUUUUUUACUUGUACCGGGGAUUGAAUUUAGGACCUUGCACUUGCACUUGCGAGGCAGGCGGUGGAACUGUUGAGCUACAUUCCCCGGCCCUCCUCCACCCUUUGAGCCCUGCCUUGGCCUCUUGCCUCUGCUGUAGGGGCCAGCUUCCUCCACCUUGUUCUUGAGUCCCUGCCUCCAUCUGGCCCUUUGAUGGUGCUGGGUGUUCGUUUCGCUUCCAACCUGAGUAGAGUGUGUAUGCUGUGUUCAUCCUGUGCUCCUGUUGGUCACGGCCUGUGGGCCCUCCCCAUCUCAGCAGUGACUGGUGACAGCGUGCAGUGCUAGCUCUGCGUUCCCUCUAAGGGUGUGCACUCUUUUUAUUCCUGCUCUUGCAAAAAUGGAUACAAUUAUGAUUUCCCAUGGAAAUUGAAAAGUCUAUUUAAAUAAUUUAACUAUUAAACACUUUCACUGGUAAUGUAUUCUUGU